CAGUGGAAAAUAUUUGUCGCAGCUUCAGCAAAAAAGCGCUUUCUUUAGUAGAAAAUUAGAAAUCUUUAUGUGGAAGCGAAGGAUGUAUGAGGAAGAAAUAAAAGCGCAGACACCGCUGUGCAAUUGUUUCUUGUUUUAUUAAUCACAAAAUUGUGUAGUGCUAAACGUCACAACCAUAAGGAUGGCGGCAGUAGUAGCGAAUGGACGUGCUAAUUCUGGUGAAGGCAACACACACAUGAAAAUGAAACAAGAAUGUAAUGGCUCAGGAGAAAAGUUGCUAAAUGGUAAAACGGCCAAUCACAAAAAUGGUUACGUGAAGUCAACACAUUUAAGUCAUAGCGACACAAAAAUAUGUGGCGAGGAGGGUGGAGGUCUGCCGCUAAUGGAUUGGUCACAGUACGACACAUUCAUCGGGUCGUUCGAGAAGUGCACGCUGCUGACGGCGGCGCUCACGCACCUCGGCCUCUACAUCCUCAUGUUCCUCGGCUUCGUCAACCAGCUGCUGUUUAAGCCUAAGGUCGCCACCGAGAAAAACCGAGAGGGCUACGCGCCGCUGUACGACCCGUUCGAGACGUUUUUCUCGCGCUACGUGUACCGGCGCGUGCGGCACUGCUUCAACCGGCCGAUUUGCUCCGCGCCCGGCGCCGAGCUCGUGCUCAAGGAGCGCUGCACCGACGACCGGAACUGGACCUUCCGGUUCACGGGCGUGGAGCAGCGCUGCAUCAACCUAGGCUCGUACAACUACCUGGGGUUCGGGGAGGGCGCGGGCGGCUGCACGCAGCGCGGCGUGCGCGAGGCCGUGCGGCGCUACGGGCUGGCGGCCUGCUCGUCGCGCGCGGAGCUGGGCUCCAGCCAGCUGCACCGGGAGCUGGAGGAGACCACGGCGCGCUUCCUGGGCGUGGAGGCCGCGCUCGUCGUGGGCAUGGGCUUCGGCACCAACACGCUGGGGCUGCCCGGCCUGCUGGGCCCCGGCACGCUGGCGCUCAGCGACCAGAACAACCACGCCUCGCUCAUCCUGGGCCUGCGCCUGGCGCGCGCCGCCGUGCGCGUGUUCCGCCACAACGACGUGCGCCACCUCGAGCAGCUCGCGCGCGCCGCCAUCGCCGAGGGCCGCUGGCGCAACAUCGUCAUCGUGGUGGAGGGCGUUUACAGCAUGGAGGGCUCCAUCGUGCCGCUGGCCGCCAUCGUGGCGCUGAAGAAGCGGCUGGGCCUGCAGCUGUACCUGGACGAGGCGCACUCGGUGGGCGCGCUGGGCCCCAACGGGCGCGGCGUGACGGAGCUGGCCGGCGUGAGCCCGCGCGACGUGGACGUGCUCAUGGGCACCUUCACGAAGAGCUUCGGCGGGGCGGGCGGCUACAUCGCGGGCAGCGCGCGCCUGGUGCGCUGGCUGCGCGCGCACGGCCACGCGCACAGCUACGCGCACGCUAUGGCGCCGCCCGUGGCCAUGCAGAUCCUGUCCGCCAUGCGCCUGCUCGACACGCCCGCCGGCCGCCAGCGCGUGCAGACCUUGCGCGAGAACACACACUACUUCAGGACACAGUUGCGCGAGAUGGGCGUGGUGACGUUCGGGCACGAGGACUCGCCCGUCGUGCCCAUGCUGGUGUACACGUUCAGCAAGAUGGCGGCCACCGUGGAGCGGCUCACGGCGCAGGGCGUGGCCACCGUCGGCGUCGGCUUCCCCGCCACGCCGCUCAACAAGGCGCGCAUACGGUUCUGCCUGUCGGCGUCGCACUCGCGCGAGCAGCUGGCGGCGUGCGUGGCGGCAGUGCGCGUGGUGGCGGACGAGCUGGGCCUGCGCUACUCGCGCCGCCGCUAGCGCCCGCGCGCUCUCCACACCUCCUACUUGUUAUUUAUUGUAUAUCACUUAUACGCAAUAAAUUAUUUUCUCACAAUAA